AUGACUGGCGGGCGCUUAUCCAGUUUCAAACUUGGAGGAGCCUCGGGGAACGCCCAAGGGCAGUAUCGCGCGCGCCUGGAGGACUCUCCAGCCAUGAGCGUCGACGCGGAGUCCGCCGCGGCGGCCCCUCCUUCAAACCCGCCGGCCGUCAGCAUGGAAGUCGGCGUGCGCCCGGCGCCGGUGGAGGUGAGCGUCCCGGCUUACGAGGCCGCGGGCUCUGGAGAUCUUCAGAUUGAGGUGUCGGACCCGCACCGCGCGGGUGAGGGGAUGAGCAAGCACGUGGAGUACAAAGUGACGUACUGGAGCACCCUAUCAGGGUACACAAACGUCAGCGGGUGCGUGACGCGCAGGUAUAGCGACUUCGAGUGGCUAUGGAAGCAGCUCCGGGCAACCACGGACGGCAUCAUCGUGCCGUCCUUGCCGCAGAAGACGCUGGUGGCGAACGACGACCCGACGAGCGCGGCGAUCGAGGCCAGGCGAAGGCAUCUGGCCGUCUUCGUCGCCAGGAUCGCCGCCCACCCGAUCAUGCGCGAGUCCAAGGACCUGCAGAUCUUCCUCGAGGAGCAGGACAAGGCGAGCUGGUCGGAGCGGGUGCCGUGGUACGAGAGGGGCAUCACUUCGGACGCCGUGCGGGGAGUGAGCGACUGGUUCAACCACACCGUGCGACUCGAUGACUCGGGAACGGCCGCGAACCUGGUGAGUGCCGCCGCGCAGGGCAUCAGCGGCGUGGCGGCGGCCGCGGGAGGCGCGGCCAGCGCGGCGGCGGCGGCGGCGGGAGGCGCGGCGUCGCCGGCCAAGUCGCCCCCCGCAGCCGCGGCUGCGACGACGGAACAGCCCGCAGCGACCGCGUCUCAGUCCGGCCCCACGGGCGAUGUUCUCCUCGGGUCCGGCGCACCCGCAUCUCAGGGUGCGCCCGGCGACGGCAUCACGGAGGAUCAGCACUUCCUCGACGUGGCUGAGUACGUCGGCAAGCUCAAGGGUCGACUCGACAAGCUCUCGUCCGCCACGUCGGCGCUGGUGAAGCACGCGCAGCUGACCGGGUCCGUGCUGAUGGAGUUCGCGCGGGUGGUCGUGGACCUAGACGAGACGGAGGCGAAGGCCAAGGCGGUGUUUGAGACGCGUACAAACGGUGUGGAGUGGACCAACGCGGCGAAACUGUUUGCGUCCGCGUCGGGGCCUCCUAACGCGCAGGCUGCCGCGGUGACAGCCGCGUUCGGCGAGCCGCUCGAUGGGGCCGUGGCGCUGACGCAGGCGUGCGUCUCCGCGUGCGACGCCCGUAAGGCCAUCGUGGACCAUUACAACAGGCUGUGCAAGCAGAUCGAGCGCCUGGAUCAGAAGGCGGCGGCCAUGGGCGUCCCCGAGCCCGGGCCGAGGCGGGAGGAGAAACAGAAGCUGGAGCUCGCCGCGUCGGACACGAGGAUCGCGAGGACCCAGGCGAUGGGCAGGUACGACAAGUGCCGCCAGCACAUGGAGCACGAGUUGGUGUGGUUCCACGAGGAGUUGGCGAGGACGAUGGGCGCGGCGCUCAAGGACCUCGUCGUCGCCCAGGGCGCGUCCGCCGGUCAGGCUGCGCACGCGUGCGCUGGACACUUCGAGGAGCUCAGGGCGAUGCUGAGGUCCGCGCCUGCCGCGUUCGUGUGAAGCCGACGACGGCGCGCGACGACACGAUUCGUCUUCGUAGUCUACUGUAUAUAUCACAUCGACGGGGAUACCCUCACGG